UAUGCAACUAUUCUUAGCCCUGGAAUGUAUACACUGUCUCCCUGCCCGGAGCUUCUUUCCCGAAGUUCUAGAAAACUGCGAAAGCACCGUUUGCAUAAACAAAUCCAGAACUCUCCCAGGACAAAUCAUUUGCCAACUGAAGGAAGGCCUGGGUUUAUGGUUUCACUUGGAGCCAGAGGUGGAAGGUCUCCGGAGGGACCAGGCGGACUGGGCAUUGGGGGACGUCACCGCUGCAAACCAAGCACCUUAGUGAAUGGACACUGAGUCUUGGAGUCACCACAGCUAAACCCUUCAGCACAUGCCUCCCCUGGGGACCUCUCCCCCUCCUUCUAGGAUGGAUGAGGAGUCGCCAGAUGGGCUGCUCUUCAAAGACCAUGACUUCUCCUCUGACUUACUGAGGCAGCUCAAUGGCUUGAGGCAAAACAGGCUGCUGACGGAUGUGAGCAUCUGUGCAGGGACCUGGGAGGUCCCCUGCCACCGAAGUGUGCUGGCCUCCAGCAGCCCCUACUUCCGGGCCAUGUUCUGCAGCAACUUCCGGGAGAGAAGCGAGGCCAAAGUCCAGCUGAAAGGCAUCGACCCCGCGACUCUGGACCAGAUCAUCUCGUACGUGUACACAGGUGAGGUGCCCAUCACGGCUGAGAACGUCCUGCCUUUGAUGGAGGCAGCCUCCAUGCUGCAGUACCCCAAGCUACUGGAGGCCUGCUCCUCCUACCUCCAGAGCCAGCUGACCCCCAGCAACUGCCUGGGCAUGAUCCGACUCUCCGAAAUCUUGAGUUGUGAGACCCUCAAGAAGAAAGCCAGGGAGGUGGCCCUGACAUGUUUCCCUGAGGUGGCUGCCUCGGCCGACCUGAAGGAGCUCUGUGCUUUGGAAUUGAGAGACUACCUGGGGGAUGACGGGCUCUGUGGGGAGGAGGAAAAGGUGUUCGAGGCCCUCAUGGUUUGGAUCAAGCAUGACCUCCAGGCCCGGAAACGACACGUGCAGGAGCUGUUCGAGCAGGUCAGGCUUCAGUACAUCCACCCAGCCUUCUUCCACCACUUCAUCGCCAACGAUGCCCUCCUGCAGUCCUCGCCCUCGUGCCAGACCAUCCUGGAGAUGGCCAAGAGGCAGAUGUUUGCCACGUACAGCACCACCAGUGCCCCAGACCUCCAGCCUCCAUGGCACGUCCCCCCAAGAACCUCUUACCAGGAUUUUCUCAUCAUUUUGGGUGGGAGGAAGGACAACCAGCAGACCACCAGGGACGUUCUACUAUACAACAGACAGACCAACCAGUGGCAGAACCUGGCUAAACUCCCAACUCGCCUAUAUAAGGCCUCAGCAGUCACCUUGCACCGAAGCAUCUAUGUGCUAGGAGGCAUGGCUGUCGGGCCAGGGAAGAACGUGCCAAGCCACAACGUCUACAUCUACUCCCUGAAGCUCAACCAAUGGAGGCUGGGGCAGCCCAUGCUGGUGGCCCGCUAUUCUCAUAGAAGCACUGCCCAUAAGAACUUCAUCUUCUCCAUUGGGGGCAUCGGAGAAGGGCAGGAGGUCAUGGGCUCCAUGGAGAGAUACAACAGCAUCUUCAACAUCUGGGAGAGCAUGGCCAGCAUGCCCGUGGGGGUUCUCCACCCUGCGGUUGCUGUGAAAGACCAAAGACUCUACCUUUUUGGGGGAGAGGACAUCAUGCAGAAUCCUGUACGCCUUAUCCAGGUUUAUCACAUUUCCAGAAACACAUGGUUCAAAAUGGAGACAAGGAUGAUCAAGAAUGUGUGCGCCCCUGCCGUGGUGCUUCGGGAGAAGAUUGUUAUCGUAGGAGGUUACACAAGGAGGAUUCUUGCUUAUGACCCUCAAUCCAACAAAUUUGUCAAGUGUGCGGACAUGAAAGACCGGAGGAUGCACCACGGGGCCGCAGUGAUGGGGAACAAGCUCUAUGUGACGGGCGGGCGGCGGCUGACCACAGACUGCAGCAUCGAGGACUUGGCCUCCUUUGACUGCUACGACCCUGAGACGGACACCUGGACGUCCCAGGGACAGCUUCCUCACAAACUCUUUGACCACGCUUGCCUCACUCUCCAGUGCAUACCCCACACCCCCACCUUCCCGUGAAGUUGGCAAAUAACUGUGGGUCUUAGUCAAGAUGCUUUCUAUUGUAAGAGACAGAAACCCAACUCAAAGGAGUGUAACCCCAAAAGGAUGCAGAGAGUGCCCACAAGACCAAAAGUUCCAGAGCCUGGAGGCCCCGAACCAGGCAUACUGUUGGUAGAACUCUCUGGCCCUCUCUGGCUCUCCACACCCCCACCCCGUCUCCCUCUCUCCCAUUCUCCCCCUACUUUCCCUCCUUCUCUACCUCAUCUCUGUUAGACGUCAUGCUACAAACAAGCUUCUGUAUCUACAAAGUAUGAAGACAGUGGCGACAGAUAAACUCAGUGUUUUCUAAAGUUGCAUCUCUAAGAAAGAACUUCACCAUUAUCUAUAUAUUAACCUUGAAAAUAAUCCACAUUGGCUGUUUCUUAAUUCCAUGCCUUCUUCUUGAGUCAAUCACUGUUUCCGGGGCUUGUGCUUCUGUAACUGUGUGAUCCCAGAGCACAUCCCUACAGGCAGAAGUCACAUUGACUUUUAUCGCUGACAGCUCAUCCAAACUACACAGCACAAGACAGAAGCAGUUUCCCAAAGAAAGAACUACUGCGCUGACCAAAACCACAUCUGCCCAGAGCAUCGUGGAAAUCUAGAGCAAAAGGGGUCCCUGGCACAGGGUCCAGGUGGCAAUGUGAGAAAUGGGCCAUGACCGUGUUUCUUUGCAUUCUGUAGAUGUAAUAAAUUGGAAUUCGAGCAACAUGUGUGCAAUGUAGUAUCUAGUGUUGGCAAAAUUAUCCAUGCAGCCAGAAUAAAGUUUGUUUCUAGUGCCAAAUAGUGUUUUUCUCCAGCCUCCGGGGAGCUAUAAACCUGCAGAAUUCAUCAGGAUUUUCAUUUUGGUAAAUGUUAUGAGAAUCGCUCUUCUGAGGAAAGUCAACAAAUUCCUUCAGAGAUCCCAGCAAUUACUGCCCUGUCCAUGCCAGGGCUGAAUGCCCCCCAACAGCGCUCUUGGUCUCAAAGUGCCUCCCGAGCUGGCUCCGUCUUAAGCUCUGGAAUCAACUGAAGAUGGCAGCACAUUAUAAUCACCUGGCAGUCUUCUCCCCAGCUAUGAAGCAUCUGGAAUGGGUCUCACUUCCCUGAGCCGGGCACCAGAGAGCCCUCAAGCCGGAACCUUCCUCCCCACCCUGCUCUCCAGGUUCAUGUUCUGGACUUUUCCUUUCUUCCUGCACUUCAGCUCCUCAUGUUGGGAUCUGAAACUUUGCCCUGCUCCCCAGGCCAUGUGGCCGUGGUCUAGACACCCUGCCCAGGUUGUUAGCCCCUGUUCCUCAUCCUGGAUGUUGUCACCUUAGCGGUUAACUGGCCUCUUACUACAACCCAUUCUCUUUGAACCCCUCUGUUGAGGCUCUCCAUCCCACAUCUCCCUGGAAAAGGUGACCAGUGACACCUCCAGCACCUAACAGGCAGUGCAUUAUGAUUUGUCAUCUAACUGGACCCAUCAGCAGCACACCACACAGAUGACCCUCCCUCCAUCUUGAAAUGCCUUCCUCACUCUGCCUCUGGGACACCACUCACCCUCUCUCCCUACUCUAUGCACUUAAUUCUUGUCUCUUUCUUUCCCCACUAGUAAAUGGUGUGCGCCCCAGUGCUCAGCCCUUACACAUUCUGCGCCUCUACCCUCAGGCCCUGGGGAGUGAGGCCCCUCGUGCAUGGCUUUUCGUGCCCGCCGAGCGCUGCUGACUUCCCACUGUUCUCCACUUCCAGACUCCAGGGCUCACUCCAUGUUUCCACUUGGAUGUUAAAUACCUCAAAGCCAAUGUGUUCACAUUCACUUUUUCCUUACCAAACCAACUCCUCCCAUGGUAGGCCUCCCCAGCCUAAGAGAAGGAAACAACUGUCUCCCAGCUUCUCAGGCCCAAAGACCUGGACGCUGCUCUUGGCUCUUCUCCCUCACACCCCACUCCAUUUGGUUCAGGAGUGCUGGACCCAGCAGCCCCACCAGCCACCGCUCUUACUCUGGUCCAAGCCGCCAUCUUCUCUCAUCUACACCCAUCACUGGUGUCUCUGCUUCCGCCUUCACCCCCAAAUCUCUCUCCACCCAGCAGCUGGGGGCAUCUUUCACAAACAUGUGAGUCAGAAGAGGUCAUUCCCCUGUUGAAAACUCUCCAAAGCUUAUACUGGAACGAAAGUAAAAAAAUUUUUAAUUUAAAAAUAA